CGCGUAAGAAUAACUACACACCACAGCCGCAGCUGACAACCUCGACCGGGACGACACCACAUCACGAGAAUCCGAUUCCUUAUAUUACGCUUCGGGCGACACACGCUCGCAUUGCGCAGGAUCUGUUUGCGCCCGCCGCACGUUCCUAACCAGGCGCGACGCUUGUGGUCGCCCUUCACCUGUCUGCUCUAUUCUUGCAUCUCGCAAACAAUAGGAUCGCCUUUUAGAGUCACCUGCCCCUAUCACUCCGGCCGGACAAUAAGAGACAAGCGCAUCGUCCGGAUAGAAUCAGCGCGCAUCGCUACUGCGUAGACUCGAGUCGCUGGGCAGUCCCUACUAGUCUUGACCGGAGCGACACGUACGUGCAAUAGCAUCUGCACCAUAAAGCGACUUUCGACGCGUGCGUACACGUGAACUCGACAAACCCAAGGCACAGACAGUAGCUGGCCCGGACUUUGCUGACUUCAGUAGACUCGGUGAGGCAUCUGUAGACUGAAUCGAGCGACAAGAAGUAGCGCGUAGCUUUCCACCAACAGGAGAGUAGAGUAGACUCCAUCAUGGCGACGCCGGGAGUAAAUGACCUUGACGGUCUGCUUGCGUCUCUUAACCAACUGAAACCACCGGGCGCCAGCAAGAACAAGAUCGCUACUAUCACGACUCUGUGCGUGAACAAUAUCCAGGCCGAGUCCACGAUUGUACAGUCCUUCUACAGAGCACUCAAGAAAGCGCCAGCAACUCAUAAGCUUGGCGCACUUUACGUGAUUGAUAGCGUAGUCCGCCAAUGGAUUGAAAAGGCGAAGUCUUUGGGACAAGAACUGCAGUUUGAAGGCCGUGGAGAGUCUGGCACAUAUCCCGCUGCUGUCAAGCGUGUGACCGAGUUGAUGCCAGCCCUCUUUGACGACAUCAUGAAAGGUCUCCCAGCCGAUCAAAAGCCCAAGUUGGAGAACAUGAUCACCAUUUGGGAGCGUGGUAGUACUUUCCCUGUGAAACUGCUGCAAGACUUUAAGGCCAAGCUUGGUUGUGCACCAGCUGUAAAUGGCUCGACUGCAACCACGACUGCCCCGGCGCAGGCGCCAGUAAAGACGUCAGGUGAGAAGUUCAUGGCACCCAUUCCUAGCAGACCGGUACAGACUCCUGUUGGAUAUCCGCCUCAAUACUUGUAUGAUCAAGGUCUGCUUCCAGGAAAGGCUGCUCCACAGCACCGGGAUCAGCGAGGUGGCCGGGGUCGAUAUAGACAACGCUCGCCGAUCCGCAACAGCCCUGGACCAGGUUCUUUCGGCGGCAGACCGAUGCAGCCCAAGUACAUUGCAUACGACAAUACGCUACCACCAGAUCACAUCAAGGUUCUGUCCCGCACGCUAUUCGUUGGUGGCGCAAACGGCACUCAGCAAGAAAUCCAAGAACUAUUCGAGCGCUUCGGUCGUGUGCAGACCUGCAUCGCAAAUCGUGACAAGCGUCACGCCUUCGUGAAGAUGACUACUAGACAAUACGCGUUGGCCGCGAAGCAGGGUAUGGAGGAUCUGCAGAAUCGCAAUGACCGGGAGACCAUGAACAUUGCACGCCAGACGAAGUGGGGCGUCGGAUUUGGUCCUCGCGAGUGCUGCGACUACCAGCGAGGCGAGAGCACUAUUCCUAUCCACAAGCUGACUGAAGCCGACAUGAAAUGGCUGCUCACGGCCGAGUAUGGUGGCACUGGUGGCAAGCAGGUCGAAGGUGGCAUGGUCUUGGAAGAGCCUGACAUCGAAAUUGGAGCUGGUGUGAGCAGCAAGGCCAUGAGCAAGCGUGUUGGGCCAGAGAACAAUCCGCAGCCCAAGAAGCAGAAAGAAGAUCGUGGCGGACGUCACGGUAGGAACAAGGGUGGAGAUCGAGACCAGGGCUACGGAGGAUACAGCGGCGUUACUGGAGGUCCUCCUGCCAUGGACUACGGCUACGCAAGACCAGAGCCAGUCGCGGUGGCAACGCCUCCAGCAGUGCCUGGCUUCGGCUUUAGCCUGCUCCCGCCAGGAAGCGGCCAGACUUUCCGCUAGGAACGGAAGAAUAGUGUGACAACUUCGGAGGGAUCGCAAAAUUCAGAGAGCUCCAAAGGACGGAGAAAAAGGGGAAGGAAAAUGUGAUGAUUAUGAGCAUAGCGACUGGAUUUGAUCGGCAUUACGGGCGUUUCAUCAAAAGGCUGAGAGGCAUACUGCAGUUCUAGCGUGGCUGGUAUUCACACGGCACUGUAUCAAGUAGCAUCGCGCGGCAUCAAUGAGCAUAUUUUCGGGGUGGCCCUCUCACCUGAGGCAGUCUUUUGUAUCAGCUCCAAACAUCAGUGGGAUCUCAUGGACCUGUUACGCUUC